CAACGAGUUGUUCAUGAACGUGCAGAACGACAUCGAGAUGGGUGACAGCGAAGAACGGUUCGAGACACAUCUGGAGUUCCGGGCGGAUUUCGAGGAUCGAUUUUGCAGAGCGAAAGGUUUUUUGCUGUCUAAACUGGAAAACAGGGAGCAUCUUCUGAGUUCGACGAUCAUGCACGCAUCGACUUCUCAUAGCAUGUCUUCCAGUUUCCAUCAUCGGUUGCCGAAAAUCGAUCUACCGAAGUUUAGCGGGGAUGAAUCGCGAUGGAUAUCAUUCCGCGACAAUUUCAUUUCGAUGAUUCACUGCAACGAGGACAUACCGAUUGUCAACAAGCUGCAGUACCUGUUACAGUCGCUUGAAGGAGAAGCCAAGAAACCGUUCGAGUCGGUGGAUAUCCAAGCCGAUAAUUAUUCGUCGACGUGGGACGCGCUUAAGAAGCGUUACGAUAACAAGCGAUUCCUCAGAAAGGAGCUGUUUCGAGGCCUGUACAACCUUCCACCGAUCCAGUAUGAGUCAGCCCAAGACCUCAACACACUGGUUGAUGAUUUCCAGCGACACGUUAAGGCUCUGGGGAAGUUAGGCGAACCGAUCGAGCAUUGGGACACUCCGCUUAUCUUCAUCCUGUCAAACAAGUUGGAUUCGGCGACGAUUCGUGCAUGGGAGCAAGAUACUCGACAGAAGGACGAGGUGAAAUACGACGAGCUCAUCGAGUUUCUCAUCCACCAGGUCCGGAUGUUGAAAUCCGUGGACAGCGAUCUCCAGCAUCGUUCCUCAGUGCCCACCGUUUCCAAGGUGGCCGGACAAAUCACGAAGAAACCAGUUCCCAUCCGAUCUGUCGUGAACACAGCUACGUCCGAAACUCAAUCCAGUACUUCGCCAUGCCACUGUUGUUUGAGAACACAUCCGCUUCACCAAUGUCCAGCAUUUUCGAACCUGUCAAGCUCCCAACGGCGAGAGUUUGUGACACAGCACAGUCUUUGCUGGAAUUGCUUUCGCGCAAACCACCGGGCAACAUCCUGCAAAUCUAAGUUUCUGUGCAGGAUUUGUCAAGCAAAACACCACACCAUGUUGCACGACCACCAAAUAUCACAUCUAGAGCAACUCUCUACUGAGGAACCACAUCCCGUACAAGCGAAUCCAGGCCCCAGUAGAUUGCUUAGCCCCCCAACAGUAAAUCUUUCCGUGCAUUCUGAUUCAACCGUUCUCUUGGAGACAGUCUCGCUGUUAGUAGUCGACCGAUACGGCAGAAAGAUCCAAGCACGAGCUCUACUUGAUUCUGCAGCGAUGUCAAAUUUCAUCACCAAGAAGCUGGCGAACGAGCUCGCCACCCGUCAAAGCCCCGUGGACAUCGCAGUUGCCGGAAUUGGAGAGUCAGUCAAGCGUAUCAAGCACAAGUUAGCUGCCAAGAUCAUAUCCAGGAACAGCGACUUCUCCACCACACUCGAUUUCCUCGUCAUGAAGAAACCAACAUCAUAUCUCCCCACAUCCCCGAUCGGUUCAACUGCCUGGAGAAUGCCGAAGGUUCCAUUGGCGGAUCCUCAGUUCAACGUUCCAGCAACAAUCGACAUGAUCAUCGGUGGAGAAUGUUACCAUGAGUUUCACACAGGCGUACGCCACUCCCUUGGUAACGGUCACCCGUUUUUGGUGGACACCCUCUUUGGCUGGACAGUUUCUGGCAAAGUGGAUUCCAGCUCCACCACCGCACCGCGAGCGUGCUUCCUCUCCACCGUUGAUCAAACCCGAGAAACGAUCCCUGGGGAGUUCCGGCCAAUGGACACCACCGAUGGGAGCCAAAGGAUGGACGUUGAACCCUCCACCACUCAAAUCCACAAAAAAGGAUGCAUCGCCCGCCAUUCCCGGUCCAAUAAUCCCAAAACCACCCUUGGAGAUUCGAACACGAAGGCCACACAACGAAACUCCACCAGAAAUGCACACCACAAAAUCCCUGGAAGUCACGCUCAACCCGGAAAAAAGCACGACAUCGAUCCUGUUGACGACAAUCCACACUGCUAUCGGCCACAUCACCCGGUGCUCAAGGAAGCCAGCAAAACCACCAAUGAACGCGUGGUAUUCGACGCAUCCUGUGAGCCCAAUUCAGGCGCCGCUAAGGUCAACGACGAAGGAGAAGACGCUGCCUGUGGAUCCUGCUGCUACGUUGUCCCUUUGGUCAAGCAGCCGUCUGUUACCUGUCUGGAGUUAUGCGCACCUGUUCUGCCAGAGGAGGAUACUGAUGGGCUCAGUAGGAGACGCGUUCCGGAAGUGCACAUCACAGCUAGUGAACUGUCCAGGAAUCUACAUUCCUCCAACUUCCCCGAAAACCCUGGUUGGUAUUACGACCAUGCAUGGCAAUCCUCAUCCUUGGAAAGCUGGCCUUAUUCCGUCGCCUCGCGGCUUCAUCCAGGUCGAGAUGGAGUCAUUAAGCCAGCCAAGCGAGAUUGUCAUCUAACUCACCGCCAGCAGUCAACAGGUCAACGCGACAACCCCGACAACUAGAAAGCUACAAAGACCGGUAGAGCACGCCGAACGUGCUCAACGCGCUAUUGGAGCGCUAACAGGUGAUUAGCGUUCCUAUCAUUCCAUCCAUAUCGUUCGAUCUACCGGGUCUUUGUUGCUUACAGUUCCUUAGACGUCCUUUUGUACCCCGCCAUCAUCGAG